AUGUCUGCAACAAGUCAGGUAUUCAAGGGCCAACCGGCCCAGAAAGUCAAAUCUUUGUACCGGCAGCUCCUUAGGCAAAGCAACCAGUUCCCAGCCUACAACUUCCGCGAGUACGCCCGGAGGAGGACGCGCGAUGCGUUCCGCGACAGCAAGGACGUCAAGGACGCGGGGCGGAUCGAGGAGCUCUACCAGCAGGGGCUGAAGGACCUUCAGAUCAUGAAGAGGCAAACGGUUUUGGGGCAGUUCUAUCAGCAUGACAGGCUGGUUAUUGAGAAUGGCAUCUCGGGCAAGGAGACGGGCGAUGGAAACAAGAUAGUCCGAGAGAAGACUCACGGUAUCCUCACCAAGCAUUGUUUGACUAUGGCGCCAGGCACGCGUCGCGGCAACCGAUCAGGGUAUCCCGAGCACGAUGACUUCGAAGGCCUCCCCGUGCGCCAGUGGCGCCAGGAGUGGGUGACGGUUGCGCCGGCCGCCCAGGUCGAGGCGCACCACGACAAUGACAUUUGGGCCCGCGAGCUGCCGUACGGCAUGCCCAAGGAUUCGCAACUGCUGGCGCCGCACUCGCUGGAGCUGCUGCGCGCCGCCCGCUCCGGCAGGCUCUACAAACGUCCCGCCCCGGCCGACGACGACGACGCGGAGCUCGACGCGGGCCCGGAAAAGGCCGACAAGAAGGAGGAUGUCAGCGCAAAGGGCUACAGCGUCAAGGUGUGGAAGCAGGUUCCCCGCAACGCCGAGGGCGCCACCAUAUCCUACCUCGCCAAGCGGCGCAAGAACACGGUUACGCUCAAGCCCAAGGCCGAGGUGUUGCAGUCGACGGGGUCUUCAAUCACGCGAGCCACCAUUCGCCGCGUCGACGCCGCCGGUAACCCCUAUGAACAAACCAUCACCCUCACAGAGGGCCAGCCAGUGGACGGCGAGAUCAUAUCCACCAGCGUGGUGCCCAUGCCUACUGUCGAGGCUGCGCUGCCCGCGCAGCAGACCACGCCGCUGCGGAGGAAACCUCCACCGCCUAGAAGAAAGCCCAAGGGCCCUGGUCGAGGGAGGAAGAAGGGCAGGUUGCCGUUGCCCGCGAGCACGAGGCCGCCAUCAAGUGUCGAGACUGCCGAAGGGGCUGGUGCUGCUAUUUCUACUGCUCCUGGCGGCGUUGGAUCUGCCGCUGCCGCUCCCUUGAACGGUCAGGCCCAAGCUAACUCAACCCAAACUCAAACUUCAAACGGGGUCGACGCUGCCCAGGGUGAUAAUAUGGAUCAGUCUGCACACCCAUCAGAUGACGAAGAUGGAGACGAAGGCGAUGAUGGCGAAGAUGGCGACGAGGGUGAUGGUGAUAUCGAGAUGGAGGGCACUAGUGAUAUCGACCGGGCCUCAGAACCCAUAGAAACCACGCCAAAUCCUCAACCACAACCCAAUGAGAAGAGUGAGGAGGCUCCGGAAGCAGCCACCAACAGCGCCAGCGAUAUCUCAGGCAAGCAUUUGGAGCCACAAGGUCUUCUACCUCUGCCUGCCGGUAUUGCUACCUCUGCCUCACCACGCGCCGAGGGAAGCCCGCUCAAGCACGUGGCUUUGGCUUCGCCGAUGAUCAAGUCGCCUGUGCUAUCACCAAAGGCUGAGGAGACUGCUCAGGGUACGCCGGCUGUGCAAGACAGCCAGCCUAAAGAGAGCGCAGAAACUGUGCAAGCAACAGAGCGAACAACUGUGACCGAGAAACAAGAGGCGGGUCCUGCACAGGAGCAACCCACCGCUCCUGAGAAUUCAAAGUCUGACCAAGAAACAGAGCCACUGGCUAGCCAUGACAGUGCAGCAGCCGAGGGUACCAAGCAGGAGGAUUCUACACUGCGGUCGACGACGGCGAUGGCGGUCGACCCGGUUCCUGCACCCGAUGUCACAAUGGAGGAUGCGCCAGCCCCCGAAGCGGAGGCUCCGGAGCCAGCACGAGCAUCGGAUCCUCAACCAAUGGAAAUUGAGGAGCGAAAGGCACCUUCACCCAAGAUUUCACCACCAGCGCUGCCAGACGCCAAGCCCUCCUCUGUACCCGCUGAGCUGGCCUCGGAGAGCGUUGGUUUGGCGACAGAUGUUCAGGCCCCUGCACCUCAGGUCAAGAGUCCAACCCCAGAGGAAAAACAGCAGACGCCGGAAGUGCCAGCUGAUACUACCAAACCUGAGCCGGCAACCGAAACCCCAAUAGUGAAGUCGCCUGAAAAGACGCCGGAGCAGGCAGAGACCAAACCCGAACUCCCAGACGUCAAAGAGCCCGUCGACACCUCCGCAGCCACAGAAUCUCCCAAGGCGGCUGAAGACUUGGCCUUGCAGCCAACAGAGGCCGCUCCAGCCGUCCCCGAGGCGUCCUCCCUACCUCCCAAGCCGCCUUCCCCGCCGUUGCCACCUACCAAAAUGACUGAGGACGAGGACGAAGGCCCAGAUCUGUUCUCGGGGCUCGAAGCCCAGCUCAACGCCCAGGACGAGCAGAACCGUGUCGCUUUGAAGACCGAGAAUGCAGAGACCACGACCGUCCCGGACGGCCAGGCUUCGAAGCCGACAGAUAAGCAGACACCCGACCCGGCUGACGACAAGCCUGUCGUUCAGAGCCCGUCCGGGCCCAGACCUGUGCCAGAGCCCGCAACGGACCCAGCGGCCGGGCCAGCGGUGGACGAUACGAAGUCUGUGCUACCAGAAGAAGCAUAG